AUGGAUGCUGCUUAUAAAGCCCUGUUUGUCAUGUUGAUACCUACAACUUACUCCCCUUUGAUAUAUGCAGUACCAACUCUAGUACUUGAUACAAAUCAUUCACCUCCAGCGUCAAUCCCAGCUGAUGCUGAUAGAAUAUACAGUGUAUCAUUAGGACACAUCAUCAGUAAAGGCGUUAUUGCCAGAUUGGACGAUGGAACAGGAACAACAAUAACUGACACGGCAGGCUUGACCUUUACUGUGACCUCCAUAGAUGCAACCGGUGCAUCUCCAGAUACAUUUGCAACAGGAGGAGCUAAUCUUUGUCAAUAUGCCAAUAGAAGAGAAUAUCCGAACACAUAUGAAGGCAGAGAUUAUAAAUAUAAAUUCUACUGUAAUACGACUAAUCCCAGUAUGGUUAUAUCGGAUAUCCCUUUGCAUGAUGGGAAACUAACAGCUGAUGGAUUAUACCACGUACACACAACUUUACCCCCAAACAACCGCAAAUUUGUUCUGUCUAUGGAUUAUCAAGGAACCCCUCUAUCUGUAACAACAAAUGCAUUUGAAAUUACAACUCCUGCAGCCAAGAUGGGGAUUACAGUCUGGCCUUCAAGUGGAACAAUUGCCAAUACAGAUUUUGACAUAACUGUUGAAAUACAAGAUAGUGCUGGAGUAAAAGUGGCAACUGGUAUUGAUGCUACACUUCCUGUUAUGUUGCAAGUGGCAUGGUUUGAAGAUUUACAGUUAUUUAAUGGAAAGGCCCCACUCGAGGACAUGCUGUUUCAAACAAUGGAAAGACUUUCAGGAACAGGUGCUAAACUAAGUCGGUCCACAUACCAGAUGUACAUAGAUAAACGAGCAGUUGCUGGUGAAGUGACUUUUACUGGUGUCAGGCUGUUGGAUGUCCACACCUGUGUCAAGUUGAAUUUGACCAUGAGAAUGCCAAAUUAUCCACAUUCUAGAAUGCCAAAUACAUACAAUGAUUUCACUAUGAACAAGGUAUUUUUCGAUCUAUAUGCCAGUGAUGCAACAAAAUCUAAAAUUUUGUUUUAUAUGAAUGGAACAAGUGAUGGUGCUGUAUUUUUGACAGACUGUAUACCAGUGACAGAGCAGACUGCUACUGGAUUACAGAUAGUAACACCCACCAAUGAUAUCAAUUUAAAGAUUGGUGCCAACUUUCCCAUUGAAAGUUACCUUGUCAUACAGGUAGUUGAUGCAGGAGGAGAAAGAGUCUACUCCGGUUCUGAUUCCACUUUAAAUAUAACAACUACAGCUGAUGUUAGUGUAUGCCUUAGUGAUGACCUUCAGACAAUUCCUAUGUCAGAGGGUACAGCUACUGUAGUAGGCUCUAUAUGUGAGGCUCAUGCAGCAGUAACCUUGAGCUUUGAUGCCACUAGUGCCGUAAGUUCUACAGCACUCACUCAAGUUCAGAUCGGGCCUGUAGAAGUGACAAACGAGAUUCAUCUAGCUGCUUAUUACUCUACCUACGAUUCUGGAUCCAGUUCACAAACAGGAGCUUUCUCAGAUUCUUUUGCUCAGUAUGCAGUGGAGGAUAUUAAUGCAGGAGUUAUGUACCCCUCUAUUUUACCAGGAAGACAGCUAACCAUGCAUUCAUACAAUACCAAGAACAGCCCAGUUGUGUCUACAACAGCUUUCAUGGAGAUGUUAGAUAAUUCCAAGAAAAACCCUCAUGAGAGAGUAAGAGGAAUUGUAGGAUUUGGCAGCAACACAGUUACAAAAGGUCUUUCCUCUCUUUUAAAUUUAUACCAAAUGCCAAAUAUAGCUACAAACGAAGAUGAGUUUUCCUUUAGUGAAAAGAGUUCUUAUCCCUAUUACAACAGAUUAUCCUGGAACAUGGGAUCUCUAUCUCACAGUGUCAUGAUGUCAUGUAGAAACAGAGGAUGGAAAUAUAUGAGCAUAAUAAGGACUGUGGACUUUACCAUUGACACCAUUUUCUUUGAGAAGGCCAAACAGUUUGGUAUAACAAUUUUAGCAGAGGUAGCAAUUCCAAAAGUAUGGGGAGCGACUUACACAGCUAAUGCCUUCAAUAGUUCCUUAGAGAAGAUCAAAGAUGCAGGGAGUCGUAUUGUCUGGAUGUUUGUUAUGCCACCAGUCAGCUAUUAUUUCAUGAGAGAAGCUAUUGAUAAAGGAAUGGGUGGUAUAGAUGGAUGGCAGUGGAACAUGUUAGGUUUAUUUGGAUGGGCCUUUCCUUGGGCUAACCAAGGUCCAACAUGUAUGGGGAUUCUUGCUGAAUAUUCCUUAGCAUAUGAUGCUGUCCAAAUGUUUGGAAUUGCCAUGUCAAAAUUGAUUAAUGAAUCAAUGACUAUAACAGGACCAAGACUUACAACGGAAAUAAGAAAUGUGUAUAUGGAAAAGAGUUUAACUGGUGAGCUACAACUUAAUGCAAAUGGUGACAGACCAGGAUAUAUUGGAGUCAUUGUGAAUGUGAAUCCACAUCCAUUCUCCUGGCCAGAUCAUAUUAAUGCAUUUCCACCCUCUACAGCCAUGUUUACCAGAAUGAUAUUUAUGGAAAGUGAUACAGCAACCUCACAGAGGGAAUAUAGCAUGCAGGCUAAACGUCCAAUGGAUUUGAUAUACGGGAUGGAAAUAGCGAACUAUACCAUAGCAUACACAAAAUAUACAAACUUAAGGCUAUUUAAUGGUUCCCAUGGAAGAAUUGGAACAUGGUCUUUAAAACUAGAGCAAUUGCCAUCAGCUAAUGGAACAGCCAUAACAGAAGAAAUAAUCGAAAAGAGUGUGGCCCCUUUCUAUUGUACAGGAGGGUGUGGGGGAAACAAGACUGAUGAUUUUGACAUAACACUAUAUCAGUUUGGUCACUGUUCUCACUUUAAUGUUUGCAAGUGUGAUGAAGGUUACUAUGGUCUGUCCUGUCAGCACAUGACAUGUAACUGUGUAAAUGGACAAUGUUAUAUUCCAAAUACAUGUGUGUGCGAGAAUGGAUGGACCGGAGUUAGAUGUGAAGUACCAAUCUGUGGUUUUGACUGUGGAGAUGGUGUAUGUUCGGGACCAGAUACCUGUGAAUGUAACUCAGGAUCAGUUGGAUCACAGUGUAACCAGUCAAUAUAUGUUGUGACUAUCAUUCCAAUAUUAUGUUUUAUAAUAUUUAUUAUAUUAUUGAUCUUCCUCAUCAGAUGGUUAUUAAAAAGAUAUCAUUUACAACAAGCUUUGAAGAACUUAGAUUGGCUAGUAAAAUGGGAUGAAGUUGUUGUGGGUGACACCAGAGCUAUGAGUAUUAUGUCUACAGCUGGUGAUGAUUUUGCCACAUCUGCUAAAAGUAAUAUGUGCACAUGGAGAAGUCAGAAGUGUUAUGUUCAGAAAUUUAACUGUGAUACUUUGUCAGUGGAAGAUGAAAAUCUUAGAAUGGAAGUUGUCACCAUAAGAGAAUUACGUCAUAACAACUUGGUUCAGUUUGUUGGUGCCUGUUUGGAAUAUCCUAAUGUGUGUGUACUGACAGAAGUUACACCAAAGGGAAGCUUAGAAGAUCUUUUAUCCAAUGACAAUGUUAAACUCGGAUGGGACUUUAAAUUCUCCUUACUAAAAGACAUCUGUCGUGGAAUGCACUUCCUCCACUUAUCAGAGAUACAUUCCCAUGGUAGACUCAAGACAUCAAAUUGUCUGGUAGAUAAUAGAUGGACCUGUAAAAUAUCAGGAUUCGGAUUACCUAGUCUCAGAUACAAUGGACCUAGAAAGAAGUUACCUGAUGAUGAUGAGAAUGAAAAGAAAUUAAACUCAUUGUUUUGGACCGCCCCAGAAAUGUUGCCAGGCUGCAAAAAUAUUGAUGGUGUUAAACAGGGGACUAAACAUGGGGAUGUGUAUUCAUUUGGAAUAAUUUUGUCAGAAGUUUGUACACGAGAAGAACCAUACAGUACAGAGACAGGUUUUCUAGAACCAGAACAGAUUUUACAGCUUGUCAUAGAUAAAGAUGCCCCUGGAGCAUCAGGGGCUAAAAAGUUGUGGUAUAAGAGUGGUGGCGAUACAACAAAGCUUUUCAGACCUGCAGUGAAAAAUGAACAUCUGCCUGAGGAAUAUGCUGCCAAAACAGGAUUACAAAAGUUGAUGGGACAGUGUUGGGGUAAUCAGCCAGAGCUGCGUCCAUCAUUUAAGAAUGUAAAUGAAAAGUUGAAUGAAAUUUAUCCAAUCAAAGGAGAACUGAUUGAUAAUCUUGUCAAUAUGCUUGAAAAAUAUUCCAGUAAUUUAGAACAGAUUGUAGCAGAUCGAACAAAAGAAUUAGUAGAGGAGAAACGUAAGACAGAACAACUCAUCAGUCAGAUGUUACCAAAGAAAGUCGUGGAAGAUCUCAAACAUGGAAACCCAGUCGAACCUGAAAGCUUUGAAUGCGUUACCAUCUUCUUCAGUGACAUUGUAGGAUUUACAAACAUUGCCAAGGGCAGUACUCCAUUCCAAGUUGUAGAUUUACUGAACGAUCUGUAUACUACAUUUGAUGCUAUUCUGGAUAACUAUGAUGUUUAUAAAGUGGAAACCAUUGGAGAUGCUUACAUGAUUGUAAGUGGUUUGCCUAUACGUAAUGGGGAUUUACAUGCUGGAGAAAUAGCCACAUGUUCUCUGGAUCUAAUGGCUUCUAUGGUUGGAUUUAAAAUCAGACACAUGCCAGGAACAGUGUUACAGCUGAGAGUAGGAAUGCAUUCAGGACCUUGCGUAGCUGGAGUUGUUGGUCUCAAGAUGCCUAGGUAUUGUUUAUUUGGAGAUACAGUAAACACAGCAUCACGUAUGGAAUCUAGUUCUAUGGCUUUGAGAAUUCACAUGAGCGAUGCCACUGCACAGAUUCUUAUUAGACUUGGUGGAUAUCAUCUGGAAUGUCGUGGAGAGAGGGAAGUAAAGGGCAAAGGUGUGAUGACAACAUGGUGGAUUGAUGGAAAAGACGGAUUUGACAAAGAACUCCCUGGAAAAGAUAUGGCUGCCUCAUUGUCACAGCACGAGUUUAAAUAAACAAAAAGAUAGAACUAAUUGUCUAAAGAAUGUCUUUCAUCAUCGCCAUCAGCUCUUCCUUUGAAUGGCCUUGUUUACCAACGUGGCCUGAAGCAGAGGCUUUUUGACAGAUUGUAUUGUGUUGAUGCGUUUGUACAAACAGGGAAUACUUGAAUGUAAUAAUUAGAAGAGACUGCAUGAUCUUCAACACUCUUAUGUAACUUUACAUUUUUUAUGGAGACACUGUUCUUUGAGAUGAUUUUUGACAGAUUACUGUUUGAUUUGAUCAUCUCUCCUUGCAUUAAAGUUAGCUUGAUAAAAAGCUAUAGAGAUAAAUUCAUUGACAAAACAAUCAAUAUUGAGAAACUCAUCUAUGUGAAAACAUUUAGUUUUUAUAUACACUUAAAUUAUAUGUAUCAGUAUCUUAUACAAUUAUGGAAGGCCUAACAAAGUAGUGAUCCGUUCUUUUUAGAAAGUUUAUCGCAUAUUUAAAGCACAGGUAAAUGUCCGAUAUCUUUCUAUAAGAAAAUAAUUAUCCCUCUAUAUCACAAUUUACCAUUAUGCUUAAACAAUUGUUAAAGUUUUUUAGUAGUUAUAUCAGUCCAAGGGAUGUCAGGAUUGGCUCUCUUUUUAUUUGAUAAUUAAUGAUGAUGUGAAAUUUCUGUUUUAAAAUUUGUUAAGCAGUAGACAUAUUACAAUAAAGAAGUUUGUGUCAAGAUGAUGAGAAAAAUGUUGACAUGUUUGAAGCACAAGUCAAAAGUCUUGAUGUUUUUCUAUCCGAUGUAAAAUUUCUGCCUUUAAUUCUGAUGCAAAAGAUGUUAAGAUGCACAAGUCAAAAGUCUUGAUGUUUUUCUAUCAAAUGUACAGUUUCUGCCUUUUAUAAUUCUGAUGUAAAAUUUGUAAAGAUAUUGACAUAAAACAAUAACUUAGUUUGUUUCACUCUGAUAAGAAAAUUAUUGACACGUUUGAAGCACAAGUCAAAUUUCUUGAUAUUUUUCUAUCAGAUGUAAAAUUUCUGCCUUUAAUUCUGAUGUAAAAGUUGUUAAGAUGUAGACUUAAAGUAAUGACUUAGUUUGUUUUACUCUGAUAAGAAAAUUAUUGACACGUUUGAAGCACAAGACAAAUUUCUUGAUAUUUUCUAUCCGAUGUAAAAUUCUGCCUUUAAUUCUGAUGUAAAAGUUGUUAAGAUGUAGACUUAAAGUAAUGACUUAGUUUGUUUUACUCUGAUAAGAAAAUUAUUGACACGUUUGAAGCACAAGUCAAAUUUCUUGAUAUUUUUCUAUCAGAUGUAAAAUUUCUGCCUUUAUUCUGAUGUAAAAGUUGUUAAGAUGUAGACUUAAAGUAAUGACUUAGUUUGUUUUACUCUGAUAAGAAAAUUAUUGACAUGUUUGAAGCACAAGUCAAAUUUCUUGAUAUUUUUCUAUCAGAUGUAAAAUUUCAGCCUUAAAUUCUGAUGUAA